AUGAGUCUUAUGGAUGGAAGGACUGGAGAGAGAGGAGGAUCACGAACAUCAAACAUCGGUGAUGAAGUUACACUAACAGUAGUUCCCAGCGCAGUUUUAAGUGUUUCUCCACAGAAGUGGUUGACUGAAGGAGAUCCAGUGACUCUGAUCUGUGAGGUUUACGGCUCCUCUACAGGCUGGACAUUCAGCUGGUACGCGGUUUCAUCAGACUACAGAAAUCGUUAUAACCUCCUCUCAGACAGCAGCAGAGGAGCUGGAGGAAACUAUACGUUCAGUUCUGCAGCUCUAAAACACACAGGAGUUUAUGUGUGCACAGCAGAGAGAGGAAAACCAGGUUAUUAUACAACCUACAGCAACAAACAGCCAGUAUGGGUCACUGCUGUAAUUGUCUUCUCAGGUGUUUCUCCUCCAGUCUCUCUGAUCAUCAGUCCUAGCAGAACUCAACACUUCACAUUGGUCUCUCUCUCUCUGAGCUGUGAGGACCAAAGUAACUCUGAUAGAUGGAGAGUGAGAAGAUACACAGAGAGUUGGAGGCUGCUAGAAGAUUGAUAAUCAUCAGUGUGGGGAUCACAAACAGGAUCUACAUGUACAAUCAACUCCAAUAUCACAUCAGACACAGGAGUGUACUGGUGUCAGUCUGAAUCUGGAGAGAACUAUCAUCCUGUUAAUAUCACUGUACACUAUGCUGUAAUUCUGGAGAGUCCUGUUCAUCCUGUGACUGAAGGAGAUACUCUGACUCUACGCUGUUUAUAUCAACAUUUAACUCCACCAAACCUCAGAGCUGAUUUCUAUAAAGAUGGAUCACUCAUCCAGAAUCAAACUACAGAGAUGAUCAUCUCUACUGUCUCAAAGUCACAUGAGGGUUUCUACUACUGCAAACACUCAGAGAGAGGAGAGUCACCCAAGAGCUGGAUCUCAGUCAGAGAACAUCAAGAUCUGAAGGGUUCAAUCUCAUGA